AGCUGAUUGCGUGUUUUAUCACGCGUACGCGACCGACGAAGGUGCUUUCUUUGCGUUAUUUACAAAGUUUGCAGAAACAUAAGCACCAGCAGGACAGCGGCGUCUCCACAAAUGUGUGAAAAAAGCAACUGAAAAGUGUAAUACGCUUGUGGCAGGUAAUUCAACACAGAGUAUUGCCAUGGACGACCUGGACAACAUAACGACAACUGGUCCGCCGUUGCCCAGUGCGGAUGCCACAGUGACUGGCGGCGGCUCCCAGAGUGAUACCUCGGAAGAGGAGGAGUAUUUGGAUAACAGCAUCGAGUUGAGGGGCUAUUUGAGCAAAUGGACCAACUACAUAUAUGGAUGGCAGCCACGUUACAUUGUCCUUAAGGAUGGUACGCUCUCCUAUUACAAAUCUGAGUCGGAGUCGGACUUUGGCUGUCGUGGCGCCAUCAGUCUAUCCAAGGCGACCAUUAAGGCCCACGAGUCCGAUGAGUUGCGCUUUGACGUGGUCGUCAACAAUCUGAAUAAUUGGUGUCUGCGCGCCGAGACGAGCGAGGAUCGCAUGCAUUGGGUGGAGGUGCUACAGCUGUACAAGGAGGGCACGGGCAGCACAGACACUACCUCAUUGCGUCGCCAUGGAAGCACAAUGUCACUGCAAUCGAACACAAUUUCUCUGGCCAGUGGCGGCAGCUUGAAGAGAACACUACGCAACUUGCGCGAGAAGGUCGGCGAACUGGAGACCUUCAAGGAUAUACUCUUUAGCCAAAUUGAGACACUGCAACGCUACUUUGAUGCCUGCUCUGAGGUGAACAAAACCAAUUCACAGCCGUUGGAUUUAGGCGAUGGCCUUAAGCCCAUUGAUUUCAAGGGUGAGUCCAUCACGUUUCGAGCCACGACAACUGGUGUGCUGAGCACCCUGCAGCAUUGCCUGGAAAUCAUAGCUGAGAACGAUGAAUCAUGGAAACGCAAAUUAGAGCGUGAAAUUGAUAAGCGUCGUCGCGCCGAGGAACAGAAUAAAAAGUUCAUGGAUGAAAUUGAAAAACUUAAACGUUUAUCAUAUCCCGGCCCAGACUUUGAGGAGGGUCCACAUUCCACACUGCCCGAGGAUGAGUUCUUUGAUGCUGUUGAAACGGGCCUGGAGAAAAUCGAGGAGGACAUGCAGCUGCGUUUUAAACUGAGACUGCAAUCGCAAAUCUCACAGACUCUGGUCAAUGUUCCACACGAGGCCGUUGCCGAGGGCGAGGAGGCACGGGAGGAAUUUGGCACUGGUGCCGAGGCGCAAUCUCACGCCCUUUGGCCGGAGAUUGAUCGCGUGUGCAAGGAGCAGCUGCAUAAAGCUCGUGAAGGUGUUGGUCAGGAUGGCAAUGGCUGGCAAAUCUUUGCAGAUGAGGGCGAAAUCAAAAUGUACAAACGCGAAGAGGAGGUCAACGGCAUGGUCAUGGAUCCUCUCAAGGCCUAUCAUUCAGUCAAGGGUGUGACGGCGCGCGAAAUGUGUCAUUAUUUCUUUAUGCCCGAGUUCCGCAACGACUGGGAGACUACUCUUGAGGAUUGCACAAUAUUGGAGAAAAUCUCAGCGGACACGUUGCUCUUUCUGCAAACCCACAAACGCAUUUGGCCCGCCAGCCAGCGUGAUGCACAAUUCUGGUCGCACAUGCGAAAGAUUAACGACGGCCUCGAACCUGACACACGCGAUAUGUGGGUUGUCUGCAAUAACUCCACGGAGUAUGCCAAACAGGAGUCGAAGAAUGGCAAAUGCGUGCGCAUCUUUCUGACGGUCAUAUUAGCCUGCCAAACACAUUUGCCGGAUGGCUACGUCAAGGGUCAACCGCUAAGUCGAGACGAUCUAACCUGCAAAGUGACCUACUGUUCUGUGGUUAAUCCCGGUGGCUGGGCACCAGCGAGCGCCUUACGCGCUGUCUAUAAGCGUGAAUAUCCCAAGUUUCUGAAACGCUUUACCGGCUAUGUGAUAGACCAGUGCAAGGAUAAACCGAUUAUGUUCUGAAAUUUUGCCAUAAGCAACAAAGCAAUCAAUCAACAGAUCAACCAAUCAAAACAACUAUGUGUUUAUCGUCGUCGUCUAAUUAUUUUCUAAGCCGCAGCAACAACACGUUAAGAGUUGUGAGUUGUGUUUUGAACACCCCUCGUAAUAAUCCUACUACCAUUACUCUCUACUGUGUAAAUGUGCUUUAAGUGAAAUGUUAGAAUGUUCAUUUUGUAAUCCAAGUAAACCUGUUUAGCCUUAAGUUAUUGCUAAGUGAUAAAAUGGAAACAGACAAAAGCCCAAACACACAUCAACACAAGCACGAAACACAAUCAUUGUAUAGCGCUCUCCUUGUGUUAUAGCUCUAUUGAAAUGCUUUAAAUGCAAAAAUUGCAACAAAGAAAUGUUUGUUUUUUAGGAAUGAGAAAAAUAAUAUAAGUUUUGUUCAUUUCGAUACGCCUGAAUCUACAUUAAAAAGUCUGUGUUCUUCAUUUUUUUUUAUCGAAACAAUCAACAAACAUUUUCAAAGUGUCGAAUGUAAAUAAAAGCGAUUUAUUGUUAACUAAACUGAAGAAAUGGUGCACAGUUAAAUAUAAAAUAAAAGACCAAAAGUUUUUGCUUAA